GGUAAUAAGGCAGUUAAAGUUAGAAAUCGUGUUCAAAGAACUUCAUAUAAAGCAUCUGAAAAACUUACCGUUAUUCAAGAAGCAGAAAAAAUCGGUGUUUUGGCUGCAGCGCGUCACUUUGGUAUUGACCAGUCAAUGAUAUCACAAUGGAUAUGUAAUAAAGAGAAAUAUAUUAAUACUUCAGCAAGUAACCGACGUAUAGGUGCUAGAAGAGUUUCAUUUUAUCCAGCUGCUGAAAAAGAACUUGUUAAAUGGUUGAAUGAUCUUCACCAAACAGGAAUUGCUGUAACAGCAGCUGCUAUCAAAAUGCAAAUGGUCAAUAUUCUUUCAACAACUUGUGCAAACAAAUAUCCGGAUGCUGCCAAACAAUUUUUAAAUGAUAAUGACGAUUUAAUUGAGAUAGUUGAGGAGGAUAGUUUAUCUGCUGAAGAAUUAGACAUUACGACUAUGACGUGA